CCGGAACGGGGGGAUGGGGAGCAACGGCGUGCGGGUGGGCGGCGGGGGCAGCGCGCCCGGGCUGCUGAAAACCAGCUCCGCUACCCAACACGCCUGGCUUCACUUCCAGCGCCUCGGAAUCGCCUACAAAAGAAAAGGCGACCAUGAACCGGAGUCAGAGCACGCGACCAUCCCCUGGCACUGAACCUGGGGAGGCUGCUUGGCCCCGUGGGAGGGCGCCCUAACCGAGAAGCUCCUUAGCACAGAGAUGGCCAGCCUCUCCCAUGCUCCUGGCUUUUUCAUCAGUAGCCUCCUUUGAUUACCAGUCACGACGUGCAAAAAAAAAAAAAAAAACCAAACAAACAAAACCAAAACCUGAUUGCUCUGCCCUGGGAAAUAGUAACCCUGACCAAUACACCUGCUUGCAGGGGACAGAGGAGAUGUGAUGGAGCUGCUUGAAGAAGAUCUCACGUGCCCAAUUUGUUGCAGUCUGUUUGACGAUCCUCGAGUUUUGCCUUGCUCGCACAACUUUUGCAAAAAAUGCUUAGAAGGGAUCUUAGAGGGGAACGUGCGGAAUUCAUUGUGGAGAUCAUCUCCAUUCAAGUGCCCCACAUGCCGCAAGGAAACUUCAGCCACCGGGGUCAGUAGCCUGCAGGUUAAUUACUCCCUGAAGGGUAUUGUGGAAAAGUAUAACAAGAUCAAGAUCUCUCCCAAAAUGCCAGUGUGCAAAGGACACUUGGGGCAGCCUCUCAACAUUUUCUGCCUGACUGAUAUGCAGCUGAUCUGUGGGAUCUGUGCUACUCGUGGUGACCACACCAAGCAUGUCUUCUGUUCUAUCGAAGAUGCCUAUGCUCAGGAAAGGGAUGCCUUUGAGUCCCUCUUCCAGAGCUUUGAGACCUGGCGUCGGGGAGAUGCUCUUUCUCGCUUGGAUACCUUGGAAACUAGCAAAAGGAAAUCUCUACAGUUGCUGACUAAAGAUUCAGAUAAAGUGAAGGAGUUUUUUGAGAAGUUACAACACACAUUAGAUCAAAAGAAGAAUGAAAUCCUUUCUGACUUUGAGACCAUGAAACUUGCAGUUAUGCAGGCCUAUGACCCAGAGAUCAACAAACUCAACACCAUCUUGCAGGAACAACGAAUGGCCUUUAACAUUGCUGAGGCUUUCAAAGAUGUGUCAGAACCCAUCAUAUUUCUGCAACAGAUGCAGGAGUUCAGGGAGAAAAUAAAAGUCAUCAAGGAAACUCCUUUGCCUCCCUCUAAUUUGCCCUCAAGCCCUUUAAUGAAGAACUUUGAUACCAGUCAGUGGGAAGACAUAAAACUAGUAGAUGUGGAUAAACUUUCUUUGCCUCAAGACACUGGCACAUUCAUUAGCAAGAUUCCUUGGAGCUUUUAUCUGUUAUUUGUGGUAAUCAUUCUGCUUGGCCUUCUCAUUUUCUUCAGUCCUACCAUAUUCCUAGAAUGGUCUUUAUUUGAUGAAAUCACAACUUGGAAAGACAAUCUUUCAAACUUUAGUUCCUACCUGACUAAAUCAGCUGAUUUUGUAGAACAAUCAGUUUUUUACUGGGAACAGUUGGCAGAUGGGUUUUUCAUUUUCAGUGAAAGAUUAAAGAAUUUUACUUUGGUGGUGCUGAACAAUGUGGCAGAAUUUGUGUGCAAAUAUAAACUGUUAUAAAACCUGUUUAAAGUACAUAGUUCUGUGUCUUUUGUUAGAAAUUUGUCAGAGUACAGAGUGGUAGUUCAGAUUUGGUCAAGAUUCCAGUCAGAUAUUUUCCUCUACAAGUACUCCUUUCAAAAACAAUGUCCUACACAUGUUGUUGAAAUUAGGUAGUAUAAAGAUAAAAGUGAAAUUUAAUAGUGUAGUCCUGAACCCUCCUUCCUUUUUUAAGUGCUUUUGAAAUAAGCAUCCUACCCCUAAUACUGGUUGUGUUUAUGCUAUGAAAAAAGGGGAUGUGAGAGAGUACAUGAUUUAAUAUUGAUGAGGUAGUGUAAUAAUGAUUGUUCUUAAGCAUGUAAUAAAGACUACUCUUGUAAAGCAA